UUUUUUGGCUUCAAACAUUUGUUUAUUUGUGUAAUUUACAGUAGAAAUAAUGUUCUAUAGAUAGUUAAUUACUCAAACGGAAAAAAAUGUUUAUUUAUUUGAUCAAGCCGAGCUUAGUAUAGUAGAUUUUUGGAGCUAGUAUUUGAAAUUCGGAUAUGUUUCUAAUCUAAGUUGAACUUCACUCCUUAAAAUUGCAUAGACUUGACUUUGCUUAUACUGGAAUCGUAUUCUUUUUGUUGUUGGGUGAUCACUGUCAAUUAUAUUUCUUGAGAAACUACUUAUGAAUAGGAAAAUAUAUGUAAUAGUUAUUUAUUUGUGAUAAAGGAUGAAAUUUCAAAGCUUUGAAUAUAAGCUACUUAAUUUUCGAUUUUUGGUUAGUUGUGUUGAGCUGGCGAUCAAAGUUUUGUGCUAUUAUAAGGUUGAUUGUUUGAAAAAAAGGGUUGAUUAUUAUUUGAAAGGGAAUGGUUUUAGAUCCAGUACUUUACCUGUUUGAAAGACGAUGAAUAUCUGGUAGUAUCAAAUGCUGGAUCGGUGGAUGGUUUAGUAAGAUGGAUUUUAUGGCCAAGUGAUUCUAAGUUUGAUAGAUUAUCAGGAAUUGCUGAAGAUUGAGCUGAGAAAUUGAUGAAGAUGAGAUGGUUUAUAUUCUUCCCAUUGGAAAUUCCAUGGAACUUGUUCACUUUAUUGGUUUUCUUCCAAUACUUUAGGAAGCAUAAUUGACAAUUUCUAAGUGGGAGAGAACAUUAAUGACAGUUAACCUCCUCAGAUGGAAGCCCAAGUAUCUGAGUUUCUUUUAAUCUUGUCCCAGCUGUUUAAUUCUGUUAGUACUCUUGAAGGGGCAAAUAGACUAUUCUGUCAUUGCUGGUGAUUGUUUACUGUAGUUAACUCUAAACACUAAUUACAAUUCACUGACCAAAACCCUUACUGGAAAAGGGGAGUAACGGCAUUAUUUGCCACUUAUUUCUACAUAACUUAAAAGAACUUGAUUACCUACUGAAAUAUCAUUCUCUUUGUUUUACAUGACUGGUGUUAGAUUUCUAGUGGAUUUGGGAUAUUGCUCUUUCUCCUUAAAUUUAAUUGAAUGCUAUAAGUAGCUCUUUUGUAUCUGUUACUGUUUUCCUUUGAUUUUUUUUUUUUAUAGUUUUCUGAUGUUGUUUGAAAAUAUGAUGAGUCAAAGUUACAUCUGUCUGAAAUAGGAAGUAUCAAUUCUUGCAGUAGGAUGAGUAUUUAGUGGUUGGCUGAUCAUUAUGAUUAAAUUGAAGCUUCAAAAGUCUUUGUUUUGGCUGUCUAGUUUUUAUUGUCUUUUAAUUUUCUUGAGUUGGGAUUCUCAUGUAAAGGCAUUGUACUGCUGCUUGAUUCUUGUGUUUUAUUCCAAUUUACACACAUAUAUCAAGAAAAAAAAUUUCUAGUCUUGUUCAGAAUGCAUCAGUGGGUAGAAUUUGUUAUCUGGUUGAUGGCUAGUAUUUCAUGUGCUAAUUUGGUUUCCCAGAGAAGUAAAUUGUUUCUGGCCAUAGUUUUAUUGGUAUGAAUCACUUAUGCUUGUUCUGCUUCAAAUAUGUUGGUUAAACAUAGGAAAGGCUAUUAUAUUUCUUACUUUUAGUAUCUUACAGGAGCAAAUAACAAGAUUGGCUGAAACAGAGACAUCACCAUUCGUGCAGUUUACCGUUUGGAUAUGGGAUGGUUCUAGGUACUCUGGUAUGCUAUGCAUGGCCUUAUCAUCUAUUAUCUACUGUAUCAUGGAAGUUCUUUCAGAUGUUUUCACUGCUCAAUCAAUUCCUCUUUUUGAGAUGGCAUUUACCAGAUGUACAGUUAUUUUGAUUUUGUCGUUUGUAUGGUUGAAAAGAAGCAGACAGCCAAUAUUUGGUACAUCAAGUGUCAGAAAACUAUUGGUUCUAAGAGCAUUCAUGGGAUACCUCUCAUUGUUGAGUUUUAUUUAUUGCAUUCAAAGAGUACCUCUUUCUCAGGCAAUCAUGUUGAACUUUACUACUCCAAUUGUGGCUGCAGUUGCUGCAAGAGUCAUAUUGCAUGAGAAGUUAAAAAUUGCAGAAAUAGGAGGUCUUGCUUGCAGUUUCUUUGGCGUACUUUUUAUCUUCCGGCCAGUGCUCAACAUACAAGGCUCAACUGAAGCUGGAGAAGCAAAUAUUUCUUAUGUCAAGGGAAGUAAUCAUUUAUAUGCAGUUCUAGUUGGUUUAGUUUCAUCAACAGUUGGCGGAGUUAGCUACUGCUUUAUAAGGGCUGGAGCUAAGGCAGCUGAUCAACCUUUACUCACUGUCUUUGCAUUUGGCUUAUUUGCCACUCCUGCUGCAGCAAUAUGUGCAUUCAUCUUUGAAGGUUUUGUGCUUCCUGGUUUUUAUACUCUUCUUCUGAUGGUGAUACUUGGUUCAUUAGCUUUCUUGGCAGAGAUAACUGUAGCACGUGCACUUCAGCUUGAGAAAACCAGCAAAGUUGUGAAUAUUCUGUAUCUUCAGGCUGCUUCAACUCAAUUGCUUGGAAUGAGCUUAUCUAGAAUAGUUCCAACAUUUGGUAGACUAGUUGGCUGUACACUUAUCUUGAUUUCAGCAUGUUGUACUAUGUACGUUGGACCCGAAAAAGAGGUUGAUUGAAACAUUUUGUUGUUGAACUCAAUCUGUCGAGGAUAUAUUCACCCCAAUUCGGUGCAGAAAAGACUCUUUUGUGCUUGCCUUCAUGCCAAAAGGGUUUCAAUACCACCUGUGACUUUACAGCUCCUACCUGCGUAUCAGCGACAGCUUUAUUGUGCAAAAUAGAGAUGACAAGGAUAUCAAUAUAGACUGUACUAUAGAAUUUGUGACCAUCUUGUAUUUUUUUUACUCUGGGGGGAGUUUUGCAGGCAACAGCUUAACAACGUGCUAAUUUUGCUGCUUGCUCAUUUUUGCAUCUUCUUGUCCUAAUUCAAAACGAUUUUUUAAGGG